GCGCCUGGUGAUGUCUGAUGUCUGCUGUCGGUUGUCUGAUGUCGAAACAACUUGUGAUGACCUAGACGCGAAGACAUUGAGACUUCUGCACAUGUUCCUCUGACUGUGUCUGGACCAUCCAAGUCGCCGAGAUGGGCAUAGAAGAGCAGAAAGAGGAGCGGGAAGUCCUGGACUCGAUAUUUCCAGAUGAAAUCACUGGUACGAACGAACAUUUCUGGCACUGACAUCUCCGACAACUCAUACCGAGUAUCGAUCACACUAGAUGUGCCCAAUCCCAACUUUGAAGAAGACGUGGACCCUCCGGUCAUCUUACUCAACGUCACAUAUCCAGAGUCAUAUCCUGACGUUGGCCCCCAUCUGGACAUCACCACACCACUAAAUGCAGCGAAACAUCCAUACAUUGACGUCUCGGCGGACAAGGCGCAACUACUCGAUGCGUUAGGCCCAACGAUCGAAGACUCACUCGGCAUGGCAAUGGUGUUCACAUUAGUGACCACACUGAAGGACUCUGCGGAAAUACUCAUCUCAGAUCGAAUGCGCCAGGAAGAGGAAAUCAAAGAAGUGGCAGCUCGACAGAAGGAAGAGGAGGAGAACCGAAGAUUCCACGGCACAGUGGUGACGCGGGAACGAUUCCUAGAGUGGAGAGAUAAAUUCCGAAAAGAAAUGCAGGAGAAAGAAAAACAGCAGCGUGAGGAAGAGGAAGCCGAAGAGAAGAAGAAAAAGGGAGUCAAGAUGGAAGAGAAGAAAUUGACCGGCAGGCAGCUUUGGGAACGUGGUCUUGUUGGCAAGGGCGAAGAAGAGGAUAUUGAUGGAGAGGAUGCCAUUCCCGCUCUCGAGUCUCUCAAAGUCAGCGGCUAAAACCGUGCUGUGAGGGGAUUAUGAGUACAACGAGAGAACCAGGUCUACGAUAUCACAUUUUCACGUCAACCAAGCAUGUGGAAUGGGCUAGAGAAACGAAGCGUUGAAUGAUCCGAUGAUCUGGCUUGCAUUCAGGUCGGUCACGGCUCUUAACUCUUUACGGGUUGAAAGUAUCUCUUCCGGAAUCGGUUCAGCUCAUCGGCGGUAUAUCCAUUUUCCACCCGUCCACCAUCGGGAUCAUGUCUCUCCACAACACCCGGGACUCGUUGAUAGACCAGCAACCUGCGACUCCAUUUAUUGAACCGCUGGAUGCACUCAUGUUUCAGGUCGAGGAGAGGAUGUGUGGGGAUGGCGGUGAUUUCUUCCUCGCCCAGCUCGUUUUCAUUGGCGCUGGGCAUCCAGAAGGCAAUUCGACCUCCAUCAACCAGUGUUCUGGCGGCAAAAUCCAAAAUGUCGUCCAGCAUCCUGUCAAAGGAAUACGGCCGCUUUGGUGGAAUAUAAUCCGGUCUCUUGUAGGCCAGAACUCCAUCAAUCAUGUGAAUUGGUGGUACAAAGGGAGGAGGAGGACAAGGGGAGAGAGAUCCGUCAGGGCCAUCUGAUUCAGGUUGGGGAUUCGGUCGACGCAGUCCCAGAACUUUGAGACCUUCUCUUACUCCGUAUGGAGGAUCAGAGACAAUUCCAUCGAGCCAUCGAUCGUCCUUGUUGUUCUCUUUAGUUCCCUGGUUGAUUCGCAACGGGGUGUUUGUCAAAUCCGAGGUAAUACAAUCCCCAAAGAGAUGUGUGAGAUUGUAUUUCUUAAAGUUAGCACCCACCCCUUUUUCGAGACCCUGUCCUUUGCCGCGAAAACUCCGUCCAUCAAUAUCAGAACCAAAAACCAGUGCGCCGAGCUCCGCAGCAGCGACCAUAAACCCACC